AUGUGACCCCCUGGGUCUUUCUCCCAGCCACCGCCCUCACCUGCCACAUCCACCGGCCUCUUCUUUAUGGUCACCCUCAACCUCCUGGCCCAUCUCAGUUUGGCCAGGAACAUCCCAGAGACCUCACCAAGUCCUGGAAUAUUCGAGUGCCUCAACCACUCCAAAAACUUGCUCCAGGCAGUCAGCAACACACUUCAGAAGGCCAGUCAAACCCUAGAAUUUUACUCCUGCACUUCUGAAGAGAUUGAUCAUGAAGAUAUCACAAAAGAUAAAACCAGCACAGUGAAGGCCUGUUUACCACUGGAAUUAAUCACGAAUGGGAGUUGUCUGACUUCCAGCGAGACCUCUUUCAUAACCGAUGGGAGUUGUCUGGCUUCCAAAAAGACAUCUUUUAUGAUGACCCUGUGCCUCAGCAGUAUCUAUGAAGACCUGAAGAUGUACCAAGUGGAGUUCAAGGCCAUUAAUGAAAAGCUUUUAAUGGACCCCAAGAAGAAGAUCUUUCUGGAUCAAAACAUGUUGGCAGCUAUUGAUAAACUAAUGCAGGCCCUGAAUUUCAACAGUGAGACUAUGACACAGAAACCCUCCUUUGAAGAGCCGGAUUUUUAUAAAACUAAAAUCAAGCUUUGUAUACUUCUUCAUGCUUUCAGAAUUCGUGCAGUGACUAUUGAUAGAAUGAUGAGCUACCUGAAUUCUUCCUAA